CCCCGGGAGCCCAGCUGUCCCCUCCGCAGAUUCUCCGGGGCUGGUUCAUCACCUCUGAAUACUCCUGUGACAGGAGGUGCUUGCAGAGCCCGCCUCCAGCCCCAAGCAGGAAUAAAUAGAAGGCACCCAGCCCAGGAGAAGCAAGAAGUUUCUAGACCUGCGUUCCGGUUUAUUAAGCUCUCCGCUCCACUCAGCGGUUCUGGCUGACAGCCUGGACGGCCUGGGCGGACGGUGGCUGGCUCAUCUCCGGUGAGGCUGUGUGGAGAGGGGUCCUGGAGAAUUCUGCUGCACCGGCCAAGGGUCGCCUUUGGUAGCUGGAGAGUCUUGCGGGGCUGGGACCCCAGCCUGGUGUGUGCCUCUGUCCUUGGCAGUGGCAUUUUCCGAAGCUGAAGAAUAACCUUGGAAGGCCAGUGCACCCACAUCACCUUGCUGUGUGACCUUGGGCAGGUGGCUCCCUCUCUCUGAGCCUCUGUUUCCCCUCCAGCUCAGCAGCCGCCAUGGCUGAUGGUCAGAUGCCCUUCCCCUGCCAUUACACGAGCCGCCGGCGCCGGGACCCCUUCCGGGACUCAUCUCUGUCCUCUCGCCUGCUGGAUGAUGGCUUCGGCAUGGACCCCUUCCCCGACGACUUGACUGCCCCUUGGCCCGACUGGGCCCUGCCUCGACUCUCCUCCGCCUGGCCGGGGACCCUGAGGUCGGGCAUGGUGCCCCGGGGGCCCUCUGCUGUGGCCAGAUUUGGGGUGCCUGCCGAGGGCAGGAGCCCGCCCCCCUUCCCCGGGGAGCCCUGGAAAGUGUGUGUCAAUGUGCACAGCUUUAAGCCGGAGGAGCUGAUGGUAAAGACCAAGGACGGAUACGUGGAGGUGUCUGGUAAACAUGAAGAGAAGCAGCAAGAAGGUGGCAUUGUUUCCAAGAACUUCACAAAGAAAAUCCAGCUUCCUGCAGAGGUGGAUCCUGUGACAGUAUUCGCCUCGCUUUCCCCAGAAGGCCUGCUGAUCAUCGAAGCCCCCCAGAUCCCCCCUUACUCACCAUUUGGAGAGAGCAGUUUCAACAAUGAGCUUCCCCAAGACAGCCAGGAAGUCACUUGUACCUGAGACCCCAGUCUUGGCCCUUCCUUGUUCCCUCCCCAACCCCUGGGCUUCUUUGAUUCCAGGAUACAUUACUUUAGCUAAACUCGUAGAUUUAGUGCGACUGAAAUGUUGGGGGUCAGGGUGGAUUGACCAGAUUCCCUGGAGAGUGUAAUAGUAGGUUUUUCCGCAAGAUGGCGCAAUUGGCAGGUCGUGUUCUGCUGCUUUAGGCCAAGAUGCUGGGAGUUUUUCUUUCUUUACCUUUUCUAUCGUGAUGAAAAUGUUGCACAUUCUACAGCUGCAAAACAAAUAAAAGGGGACAUAACAUUUCACAUCGUAUCUUACCUUGCAGCUAAUGCAAGAGUUGCUUUUCUCUGGGGACCUCCCCAUCACCCAGGUUCCCAUUCUGGGCUCCCAGUGUCCAUGCCUGCCUCAGGGUUUGGUUGACGGAGCCCAGAAGCUCACCCCGCUGUGUUUCUGAAGACCUGGUUUACACAGGCUUAUAGACAGGUCUUACAUCCCCAUAUGGGAUUUAUCCAACAACCACAUGAAAACAAACAGUGCCUUCCGCCCUCCACCCAGGCAUUUAUAGCAUGUUCCCAAGCUGGCACUCCCCAAGGACUCUGGAAGCCCCUUAGUUUAUUCUCUGGCUAAAGUCCCCCCUUUCUUGUGUCUCCUAUGUCCAAGUCGGGAUUUUUACAGAGGGGGCUGUCUCCAGACAGCUCCACCAGGAACCAAGCAAAGGCCAGACUGCCUGUCAGGCAGACUCGUGGUACUGUGUCUAUGGGUGGGACAUGUGUGUCAUUGUUAUUUGAAUUGUGCUGUUUAGGGGAAAAUAACAGUAAAUAAUAAUAAUAAUAAAGGAGCUUGUUCUUA